AAACCCGAAAGCUUCUUAGAACCCUCUUCAGGGUUCUAGUUAGUAGUUACACAACCAGUACUUUUCUAAUUCUUGUUUCAUAUAUUCACCGAGAAGAAUGAGUUCUCUCGCACUGAAAAUCGCAAAGCAUUUAAAGAUUUCAGUUUCCGCAAAGACCCACGUUCCAUUUGUGGCGGGUAGCUCACGAUCACGACUGUACUCGGCUGGCUCUUCUGAUACUGAUAAUGAGAUUGGUCCGGAUGACUUUUUCCCACCAAAGCAAGAGUUGGAACUGCAGGGUGUUGAUCCUCAAAGGGGUUGGGGUUAUCGUGGCGUUCAUAAGGCAAUUAUAUGUGGAAAAAUCGGGAAUGUUCCUGUUCAGAAGAUUUUGAGGAAUGGUCGUACUGUUACCAUCUUUACUAUUGGGACAGGGGGUAUGUUUGAUCAAAGAACUUUAGGGAGUAAAGACUUGCCAAAACCAGCUCAGUGGCAUAGAAUUGCUGUGCAUAAUGAUCAACUUGGCGCUUAUGCAAUCCAACAACUUGUCAAAAACUCUUCAGUUUUUGUUGAGGGUGAUAUCGAGACCAGAGUCUAUAACGACAGUAUCAAUGGGACAGUUAAAAACAUACCUGAGAUUUGUGUGCGACGUGAUGGUCGGAUUCGCCUCAUAAAAUCGGGUGAAAGUGUCAGCAAUAUCUCUUUAGAUGAACUGAGAGAAGGAUUGUUCUAGUCCGAAGCUUGACACUCUGAAUCUAUAGAAGAAUGUCAGUGGAUAUCUUGUAAGGCUAAUAUGGAUGCAGUUAGUUUUAUAUGUGAACAGAGUAGACUUUGUGUUGGUUACCGGUUAGUUCUGAUUUGUAACUUCAACUCUUCCAGCAGCUUGCUGCAUGCUUCUUGAAUUUACCUCUUAAAUCUCUUAUAUGAUUUUAUUGUUAUAGUUUGCUUUCUUCUUUCAAUUUAUCUAUCCUGUCAGCUGAA